AUGGAGCGAAAGCCACAGGAUCAGGCCCAAAAUCGGGACGAUCCUGGCCAGCAAAAUGAGCCGCUGAGCAUAGUCCAGUCCAUGACCUCCUUCUACAUCUACAAUCCGUACGAGAAGCGCAGUGUGGAGGUGCCCCUAACUAACUGUGACGCCUUCAUUUCCCUGCUGAAAUGUGUGAUUGGAACGGGCAUCCUGGCAAUGCCGCUGGCCUUCCGUUGCUCGGGAUUCGUGGUGGGCGCCGUGAUGUCCAUUCUGCUGAUGAUACUCCUGACGUACUCCAUCCACUUGCUGAUAGCUGGCAUGACGGAGUGCUGUCGGCGGCGCCGGGUUCCUCAAGUUUCCAUGCCGGAGGCGGUGAGGAUUGCCUACGAGGAGGGUCCCAAGUGGGUGAAUUGCUUUGGCCGGGCCGCUGGUUUUAUGACCACUUGCGUUUUGGUCUUUGGCCAGUUUCUGCUGUGCACCGUUUAUCUGGUUUUCGUGUCCAAGAACUUCAAGGAGAUCGGUGACCACUAUGGUGAGAGGUACAAUGAAAGGUAUUAUGUGUUGGUCGCCUGUUUGCUGCUUUUGCCGCUCUUCAUGAUACGCCGGUUAAAGUAUUUGGUACCCUUGAACUUAGUCUCCAAUUUGCUGCUAUACGCGGGAUUCGCCCUAAUCAUGUACUAUCUGUUCACUGGCCUUCCCAAUAUUAAAGAUCGCGAGUUGGCCACGCCCCCAGUCGAAUGGAUCGAAUUCUUUGCCAUCGCCGCCUUUUCCCUCACAGCCGUGGGUUCCAUGCUCGUUGUUGAGGCCCAUAUGGCGUAUCCGCAGAGCUAUCUGGGCCUCUUUGGAGUCCUGAACCUUGCAGUUUUGUUCAUCCUGCUGUCCAACAUGUUUUUUGGCAUUAUCGGCUAUUGGCGUUUCGGAGAGAGCGUUCAUGCCAGCAUUACCCUGAAUAUUCCACAGGAUGAAAUCCUUUCCCAGCUCAUCAAGGUCUUCAUAGCCUCUGGAAUAUUUUUGAGUUAUCCCCUGAAUGGCUUCGUAGUGAUCACUGUGAUCUUCAGCGACUAUGAAAAAUCGGAAGCGAAUGGUAGGAACCGCACGCUGAUGGAAUACGUAGUUCGAUUAGUGUUUCUGUUCCUUACAGGUGCAGUGGCAAUUGGUGUGCCCAAUUUAGCGGCUCUCACGGAACUGGAAGGCGCUUUUUCGUUGAGCAACCUGAAUCUGCUGUGUCCGGCAUUAAUCGAUAUGUUCCUGAACUAUAGCGCGGGAUAUGGCCGGCUGAUGUGGAAGCUGAUUCGGGAUAUAGUACUCAUACUGAUUGGGCUUAUUUUCGGCAUAGUGGGCUGCACGGUGGCCGUGAAGCAACUGAUCCAUGACUUGCAGUUGACACUCGGCAGUAUGUAG